GCCGAACGGCACGUCGCGGCUACUCCAGCGCUCUUUCUUUGAGCGGCUCUUAUCGGAGCAGAUUGAGCUGCAAAGCAGCCUGCCUUCCGACGUGGCCGCGGCACAACCCGACCUGAAGCUGUUGGACUUGGAGCAUUUGCUGACCAUCCGGGACGGCUGCUCCGAUUUCAACACUGACUCCAGGAGCUACCAGGUGCACCAGGCUUUUCUUGAGCAGCUGGAGCGACGCCUACAGGAGCUGCUAGCCGAGAAGCACUUGGAUCCUGAGGAGGUGACGGCAGUUUCCAAGCUGAAAUUACCCAUCGGGAGGAUGACUGUGCUUACCAAGGGCGUGGCGGCAUUGCUGGCUGGGCAGGCACCUGGGGCAGAGGGCUUUGCCGCUGCCGAGGGGCCCAGCGCAGUACCUUCGCUUUGGCUGCUCCCGCUUUCCGCGGAUGCUUUUCCAGACCAUUCCGCGCUACUGAUCUGCGUCGGGCAGGAACAGAAGCUACCCACGCCUGCCACCGGCGGGUCAACAACCCCUAGCACAGCACCAUCCAGCAGCGAAUCGUCCCCGAAGACGCGGACCCGGAAGGAUGACGACAG